AUGCAACCUGCUAAGAAAAUCACCAUCUGAGAGCCAUACACUACAGACAUUGGUUAAAAACCAUUUUGUUGGUGACGAAAGAUUUUAAAAAGCAGCUCUAUCUCCGUGGACUGGAAUGGAGUUGUAUGACUGAACGAUUAACAAUUAAAGUGAAUUGACAGCUACAGCUGGAUACCUACCUACGUGUCGAAAUCUACAAAGUACCAUAUGAAGCGUCUCGGUCGUGGCGAUGCAAGAGGCGGAUCAAAAGCGAGCGGCCGAAUCAACGUAUGGAAUUGAAAACGUUUAUGUACUAGAAUUGUCUUUGGAUGGCAAUAUCUUAUAUGGUACAGAAAACUUUACUCAGUUGGUUGGUAUUACAUUCUCGACAUUAAUUGGAAAAUGCGUUCGAAGCUUACUACUAGACGACGAAAAGUUUGAAUGGGCUACACAGCAACUACUCGAAGAUGACUCGAAGAGCGUUCGAGUCUCUUUUACACUUACUCCAUCAUCCGAGCCGGAAGAACAGAUUUUUUUCGAAGAUGAGGAAAUGGAAGUACCGCUAGAACAACCCCUUGAGCUUGAUUGUAUUGGAAUCCUCAUCCGGGACUCGCAAACAAAUGAUCCUUCUCAUACUUUGUGGGUUAUGAGGCCUCUCAAGCUGUUCACCGAAAUUAAACAGGAAAUCGGGCAACAGCUCACUCAAUUCCUCGGUUUCGGUGCCCAUUUGCUCGCCGAACAUCUUCAAAAAAUAAAAGAAAUCCCGUUUCCGAAUCCCUUACCACCCUUCGAGACGAUUCUCUGUCGCGUAUGCGAUCGUGAAAUCCAAAAUUGGUUCUUUGAACAGCACUCUGAGUACUGCUUGCUUACCCAUCAUGCAGAAGCGCGUGUGCAAAGAGCCAACGACAUGCUAAAUGAGCAAAGGAACCUUCUACAAAUCCUCUUAGAUACAUUGGAUUCUACUUACUCCCAAGACUAUCCUCACGUGUAUUAUACAAAUAUGGAAUUAGGGACCGUACUUCCUCCUUCUCUUCAUGAUUUCUUAAAAUCCAGUUCUUCUCAAACCAAGAAAUCCGAGAAAAUCCGCCAUUUCCUCUACAACAUGCUUCUAGAAACCCUUCGCUUUAUUGACUGUUCCCUCGCCAUCCACUUACCUUCCUUACCCUCUGUUGAAGAUAAUGAGCAAGAUAUGCCGUUUAGCUCUGUUCGUCUCCUUUCUCCUGCUAGCGAGGUCUUGAAUGCAAAAUCAUUAUCAUGGUGUUUGCCCCAAGUUGACGACCCUGGUCUCAGAAAGCUUUUUGACGACAGUAAUGCUCUUGUACAAAAGAAGCUUGAUGCAAAUGCUCGUCUAAUCAACAUCAUGUAUUACGCGGAACGUUUACGUUGUGAAGUCGAAGACCAAGUCCAAACCAUAGUUGAACAAUACGUUCAAGAUCACGAUACCCAACCUUCUUCUUUAAAUAAAGAUGUCCUCGUUCCCUCUUCGUUAGACCAACUUGAAUCUCCCUCUCCCUCUCCCUCUCCUUCUUUUCAUCCCUUAUAUACCGACACCCCAACCUCAGCCUAUAUACCAAGUGCCAAUCCCUCUAAUCGGCUUCCGGUGCUUUCUCGGGCAAAUUUUGAAUCGGUUCCCCCGGUUGGCGAAAAAGAUAGCCCUUCAUCAAUCAAGAAUAUUCGCCAGUUUUCCUCCACUCUUGGUCCUUGUAAUUCCCCCUCCAGUACUGCGAACACCGGUGUUCCUAUUACCUCCCGUAGAAAAUCUGUCAGCACUAUGAAUGCGAUUUACGGUGUCGGGUCGUACACCUCGGAUGCAUCGCCAAAGUUUAGACCUUCUUUUUCUCUAGAGCGAAGUUCUUUAUCAAAACAUGCCGAUUCCCCCAAUACACCUUUAAGUAAACAGGUAGGUAUCUCUACCAUUGCCCCCAACUCCACUUCCAAGGGACAUCCUUCUAUACAAGAUUAUGAAAUUAUUAAGCCCAUCAGCCGAGGAACAUUUGGUACUGUUUACCUCUCAAAAAAGAAAUCUGUUGGCGAAAUCUACGCCAUUAAGGUCUUACGCAAGGUGGACAUGAUUCUUAAAAAUCAGGUUGCCAAUGUUAAGGCUGAAAAGGCUAUUUUAAUGGCCCAGGAGGAAUCUCCCUUUAUUGCUAAGCUCUAUUACGCCUUUCAAAGUAAGGAUUACCUUUACCUUGUGAUGGAGUUCAUGAAUGGUGGUGAUUGUGCAUCUUUGCUGAAAUCAUUGUACGCUAUUCCUGAAUCUUGGGCAAAGAUUUAUAUAGCAGAGGUGGUGUUAGGUUUAGAACACUUGCACAAUCUCGGAAUUAUUCAUAGAGACAUAAAGCCUGAAAACAUAUUGAUGAGUAGUUCUGGUCAUCUGAAACUUGCUGACUUCGGACUCAGUCAAAUGGGUCUUAGAACAAGGCAAUUCCGGUUACAAAAAGCAAAGUCCGUUUUAUCACCUCCUAGUUUUCAGUCACCAACCUGUUUUCCAGAAUCUAAUGAACCACUGACAAAUUCCCCUUUAAUUUUACCUACGAGUGUUGGCCUUCACAACCUUUCGUCAGAUUUACCCCAGAAGAAAAAAAACGAGUCUUUUCUUUUUUCUUAUCAAUCAGAAAAUGAAGGGUUUGGAAGCUCAAGUAGUGAAUUCACUAAUAGGAAUAGUGAAUCAGAGUCAGACUUUGGAUAUCAGAAAGGCUCUCGUAAUUUAUUUGACCAAUCUGUUCCUUUUUUCAAAAUUGCAGAUGCACCUAGGAAAUUUGUUGGAACUCCAGAUUAUCUGGCUCCCGAAACGAUUCAAGGAAGUACUCAAGAUGAUAUGGUCGAUUGGUGGGCUUUAGGUUGUGUAUUUUUUGAAUGUUUGUUUGGGUAUCCUCCUUUUCAUUCUGACACACCUGAAAAGGUAUUCAAUAAUAUUGUAGCUAACCGAAUUAACUGGCCUGAUUUGGACCUUUAUCCUUGUUCUGAAGAAGCACUUGAUUUGAUUAAAUCCUUUUUAAAACUGAAUCCUGAAGAUCGGCUUGGAGCCAAAGGAAUUCAAGAGAUUAAGCGACAUCCAUUUUUUGAAGGAAUUAAAUGGAAUGAUCUACUAAGUCAUGAAGCUCCCUUUGUACCAAACCUUGAGACACCUUUAGAUACUGUUUAUUUCGAUGAUCGUGGUGCAGUUAACACGGAAAGGAACGUUACUCCGAAUGAUACGGUUGAUGAAGAGUCUGUCCACUCAUCUGGAUCUGGCCGUCGCGUACAAUCAUCUUUGAGUCGGCAAUUGCAUAGUCGUGACCGAAGUAUUUCUGGCAGACGCCAUCGUCGGUUUAGCGAAAACAUGAAUGAAUUUGAUGAGUUUGGAUCAUUUUCUUACAAAAACUUGAGUGUUUUGGAUCAGGCGAAUAAGAAUGCUAUUGAAAAAAUUAGGUCCGAGUUGAAGUCCAAGCUCCAUAUAAUGCUUCCUGCUGCAUCUUCCGCUCCAAAUAGUGAAGUUUCUUCUGCAAAGGCUCCUGAUCUACAAUCAUACAGCCCAGGUGUUCCAAGCUUCCCCUCUGUUUUUUCCUCUCAGGAAUCUACGCCUCGAAAAGCAUCCGGCGUUAGCGCUGAACACGAUUUUAAAGGUAAAGUUGAAUCUACUAAGCCUAAUACGACUGAUUUCGUCAAACAGUUGCAUCUACGCAAGCAUAGCAUGACAAAUGUAUCGAUUGCUUCUUCAGAAAGUGAUGAUUUUUUGUCCCUUGACCUUUUGCAAGCUAAAAAUAUUUCUACCGACCAACUGACAAUGGUAAAAUCUGAUGAAGUUCAUUCAUCCCCACUUUCUUCUCCUUCAGUUAAUUCUCCGACGAUCCUAACCUCCCUUGCUCCCUUAAAAGUAGUUAUAUGUGUGGACAAAGUCGUGUCUUUCUCUGAACUUAUAAAGCUCUUAAAGUCUUACAGGUUUCAAGUAACGGUUGUAGAUGACGAGGAUAAAAUGCUGAGAAUACUGAUGUCUGAUGAAAAGUUUUCUCUCAUAUUUUUACAACUCGACCUGACUCGAAUUUCGGGAAUUUCAAUCUUGAAAAUCGUAAGGUCGAGUAGUUGUCCGAAUAGAAACACACCAGCAAUAGCCUUACUGCCUUCCAGGAUUGAUAUUAAUGCGGCGAUUCCACGCUUGUUCGAUGGCCGUUUAUAUCUUCCUAUAAACGGUUAUCUUCUUCGAGGUUAUAUAGCUCGGCUGUGCAACCGAUAAAUAUAUAGUCCACUUUUUUGUUUUAGGAUUCCUCGAGUGACGAUUUUUGCAAAUAAUUAAACUAUUGGGAUGUUACGAUAUAACCUUACUACUAUGGUGAAUAUUUAGAGGUCUUGAUUUAUGUUACCUUUGUUUAGAAAUGUUUUGUUUUAGUUAAUUUAUUUCGUAUGAACAAAAACACUAACGAAAUAUAUAACUGUAUAUAUCAAUAUAUUUAUUCAUUUUUCUGCUGGAAAACCGCAUCUUUAUUUUUUUCCAAAAAUCACAGAUUUUGGCAAAAUGAAAGUACAACAGU